AUGUCAGCCAACUUGGAUCCUAUGGUUUAUCCGCUGAUUUUUCCAAGAGGUGAUGCUGGUUGGCAUAAUCAAUUGGUGCAUAACCCUGAGCGUGCCACACUGCAGUAUGCUGUAGAUGCAUAUGUAAAAAUUGAAGGCCAGCGUCUUGCUUUUAUCAGAAAUAAUCAAAAUAAGCUGAGAAGCGAGCAGUACGAUGCCUUACAUGAACAUAUUAACAACAUUGCCAAUGAUCGUAAUAUUAGACCAGGGCGAGUAGUAGUUUUGCCAUCAUCUUAUAAUGCGAAUGAUAGACCUGAUUUGGUUACUCGAGUAUUUAAACUCAAGUUAAAUAACCUCCUCAAUGAUAUAUUCAAACAUGGUGUAUUAGGCAAAGUUGUAACGCAUGUUCAGGUUAUUGAGUUUCAAAAGCGUGGUUUGCCGCAUGCCCACAUUUUACUUCAUUUAGCAAAUGAUGAUAAACUUGAAACAUCACAGGAUAUCGAUAAUUUGAUUUGUGCAGAAAUUCCAGAUCUGAUAGUUAAUUGUGAACUUUAUGAUAUUAUCAAAACUUGCAUGAUUCACGGCCCAUGUGGGAUACUGAAUCCAAAUUCUCCCUGCAUGAAAGAUGGGGUGUGCAGCAAAAAAUAUCCUAAAGAUUUUAAUGCCAACACAGUAGCUGUUCACAAUGGUUAUCCGCGCUAUAGGCGUCGUGAUAAUGGGUUGGUUAUCAAUAUUAAAGGCAAUAAUGUAGAUAACCGUUGGGUGGUACCUUAUAAUCCUUGGUUAUCAAAGAAAUAUCAAGCCCACAUUAAUGUUGAAGCUUGCAUGUCAGUGAAGGCUGUUAAAUAUUUGUAUAAAUACAUAUACAAAGGGCAUGAUUGUGCGAAUGUUUUGAUAAAUGAACAGGUUAAUCACGAUGAAAUAAACACUUUCUUAGAUUGUCGUUAUGUUAGUGCACCUGAGGCGCUGUGGCGAAUAUUUGAGUAUCCCAUAAGUCAUAUGUCACACUCUAUUAUCCGUCUUAAGGUUCAUCUUCCUGAGAAUCAGAUUGUGCAUUUUAGAGAAGGAGAAGAACAAGUGGCGUUAGAUCGUGCUGCUCAACGUGAUACACACCUUACGGCCUGGUUUAAAUUGAAUUCUGAAAAUGAAGGAGCCAAUCGCUAUUCAUAUGUUGACAUUCCAUAUCACUUUGUAUUUGAUGAUAAACAUUGUAAAUGGAAGGUUAGACAAAGAGGUGGAAAUAAGGUGAUAGUAAGAAUGUAUAAAGUUAGUCCAACAGGAGAAUUAUUUUUUCUUAGAUUGUUACUUUUACAAGCAAAAGGAGCAAAAUCUUGGGAGGAUUUGCGUACUGUUAAUGGAAUAGUUCUUGAAACCUUUCGUGAAGCGUGUGUUUUUAAUGGUUUGUUGCAAGAUGACACUGAAUGGCAGAAUACUCUUUCUGAGGCAGUUUUAACGCGAAUGCCUAAGCAAAUCAGGCAGCUGUUUUCAAUUAUUUUAACCUUUUGUGAACCUGAUGACCCUUUGCAUCUUUGGAAUUCGUACAAAGCCUUUAUGAUGGAGAAUUUUAUUCAUCGCCAAGUUCCAUUUAUAUUAGCUGAACAAGCUACUCUUCUUCAAAUUGAAAAGAUUAUUAAUCAAAGUGGUAAAACGCUAUCUGAUUAUAAUUUGCCUGUUGUUGAUGAAUUCAUAGAUUUUAAUCUAGAAAAUUUAAAUGAUAAUGUUCAGCAAUCAAUUGACGAAGCUAAUCGAAUGAGACCGCUUCUUAAUGUCAAUCAAUUAAAUGUAAGUAAUGCUGUCCUUGCUGCAUUGAACGAGCAACCAUGUGUAGAAAAUCAACAUUCCAGAUUGUUUUUUAUGGAUGGACCAGCCGGUAGUGGCAAAACUUUUACAUAUAAUUAUUUGAUUGCUGAAAUGAGCAGUAGGGAUGUUAAAUCUGCUACAGCUGCAUGGACUGGCAUAGCAGCAACUCUUCUUACAAAUGAAUCUACGCUGCACGGGUUAUUUAAACUUCCUGUCCCAAUACUGGAUAACAGCACAUGUAAUGUGACUCCUAACUCUAUUCAGGGACAAUUUUUAAGGCAAGUUAGUUUGUUUAUGCUUGACGAGACAUCCAUGAUUCCCAAACACGCUUUAAAUGCAAUCGAUCGGUUGUUAAAAGAUGUUUGCAACAACAACUUUCCAUUUGGAGGAAAAGUCAUUCUUUUUGGUGGUGACUUUAGGCAAAUUUUGCCUGUUGUGAAAAGAGGGAGACCAGCUGAAGUUGUAGAAUCAUGUAUAAAAUGUUCUUUACAGUGGCAAUGGGUGCAAAAGUUUACAUUAACUGAAAAUAUGAGAGUACGUGAUGGAAAAGGAGAUUUUUCCGAAUGGCUGUUAAAACUUGGUAGUGGAACAAUACCUGGCAAGGAGGAAGAUCCUUUUAAGGGAUGUAUUGAAUUUUGA